UGUGGAAUAUUUCCAAUAAAUACUUUGGAUAUAAAAUGUGAUAUUUAUUGUUAGCUAGCUUAUCAAAUGUGUUUCAGCAGCAUUACAUCGGAACAUAUAUUACUUUUAUAAAAACCUUGCAGAAGACACCUGGGAAGAGUGUGUUUAAAAUAAGUUUGUAAUGAGUAAAUAAAUGCGCAUGCGCCAUAUUUAGACUUGUUAUGCGGAACGAUUUUGGAGACGGACCAAAGGAGACGGAACUUCCGCAGAAGGGGAGGAGCCAGAGCCAAAACACGAACAUUAUUAAUGAUAUCAUUAUAUUGUAAGUACACGCGCUUGUAAGGUGGUCUCUAUUUUCAGUUGCUUUGAUGUACCAUAAAGAAUUUGUGAAACAAUUAAAGUCUAAAAUUGCAGCGAAAGUGUUGCCAUGGAAGUCUUGCCUUGUGAGGAGGUGCAGCGUGCUCUUGGUGUUAAGGCAGAGUUCGCAUUCCGCACUCUGGGCAUGACAGCAGCAUCAUCUCUCAAUAUUAUAGUUUCUUAGAAGAAUUCAGUGAUGAAAAUGAUUCCAUAUUGUCAAUGGCUGUUACAAGUGAAGACAACUGUGUGUGCUGUGUAUGUGGACAGAACUUCCCUUUCCUGGAUAACCUGAUAGAACACUUUAACUCACACAAAACUGAGGUGCGUUGUCACCUAUGUCAAGCGAAGUUUAACAGUGUUAUGCCGCUAGCGUUACACUUAAAGGAUGCGCAUCGAAAUCAACAUCUCUGUAAAAUCUGCGGAGUCCUCAUUAAGUGCACAUGGCAUUUGAAUGAACAUUUGGAGAAGCAUCUUCAAGAAGUAAUGGAGAAACCAGAGGUUGAAAAGGACAUGGAGCCGACAGAGCUUAAACCUGUUGUUAAAACCGAAAAAAUCAAAAUUAAAGAGACCAUAAGCAAGAAUGAUUUGAGCAGAGGGCUCUUGAUGGAUCAUACAUAUUGUGCCUCAGUACAUUCCAUUGUACCCCUCAGACUAAAUGCUAUAGAUCACACUUACUGUGGCAUCCGGAAUUGCAUUGACAGUUAUGCAAACACCAUAAAUAAAGGCUCACACUUUGCCAAUAUUAAAACAGAGAAUGAAAGAUUACCUCCAGACUAUUUACCUGAGUGUUCUCAGCAGAGUAAAGCCAACAUUGUUAUGCUUCAACCAAGAUCUCAGAGAGGAGAGAUGAGUGGCUCAUCUAUAACAUCAAAUCAGGAUGUGAAGGUAGAAAAUGACAAUGAGGAUGGUUUUGUGGAAUGUGAACCUUACAAGGGAGAAUUUGAGAUGACAGAAGAUGAAGAAAGUACUGAGACCAAUAACGAUGAAGACAGUGAUUCUCUUCCUGCUGGCGAUACAGAAUACAGCCAUGGUGAAGACAUUAGUGCUGACAUGCAAUAUUCUGCAGGUAUCGACAAUGAUGAAUCAAUUAAGAAAAGAUUUCAUGCAAAUCACAGUAUGGAUACAGAGUCAAUUACGUCUACAGGAAAGGUUGGGAUGCAGGCUGAUUCACCCAUCAGUAUGGUGAACACAGAGAAUUGCAAAAGUAAGCCAACCUUUGCUUGUUGUCUCUGCCAGGUGGUAUGUGAGAAUGAGAAUUUACUGCUGAAACACACAGCUGAAGAUCAUCCUUCAACUAUUUAUAUCUGUGCACAUUGCCUCAACAUAUUCUCCAAAGAGGACGCUUUCAGAAAUCAUGUCUGCAGCAGACCUACAGGCUACAUGAGCUUUUUACCAGCCACCCCAGUAACCCUGGUACCUGUUUUGCCUUUAUCUGAUCCAACAAAGCAACACUCCACCAAUCAUAGCAGUCAGAGACUACUUCCCACCCCAAUCCUGGGCACUAACUAUAACACAGUUAAAAUUAUAACAUCAUCUAAGACUUUUGAUAAAGUAUCCAAGACCCCAUUACCUAAUCAGUGUGAUCCUCCUCUAUCCUUGACCACCUUGAAGUCAACCAAUGCUCACUCUUCACUGCAAAUCUCACAAUUUCACAAUUAUACAAACACCAUUAAUCAAGGCUUAAACUUGCCCAAAAUUAAAACAGUGAAUGAAACAUUACCUCUAGACUCUUUACAUGAGAGUGAAGCCAACACUUCUACGCUUUACCCAGGAACUUGGAGAGUAGAGAAGAGUGGCUUAUCCAUAAUGUCAAAUCAGGAUGUGAAGGUAGAGAAUGACAAUGAGGAUGGUCCUGUGGAAUGUGGACCUUAUGAGGAGGUGGUGGUAAAAGGGGAAUUUGAGAUGACAGAGGGUGAAGAAAGUACUGAGAGUGGUACUGGGGAAGACAGUGACUCUUUACUCCCUGGUAAUACAGUAUGCAACCCUGGUGAAUACCUUAGUUCUGACUCACAAAAUUCCAUAGGUCCCGACAGUGAGGAAUCAAUAAAUAAAAGAUCUCAUGCAAAUCACAGAAUGAAUCCAGAGUCGCUUACAUCUACUGGGAAAGUUGGUUUUCAGGUUGAUUCUUCUAUUUUCUGCAAUGGCAAAUUAGUCAGUACAGAGAAGCACACUGAAGAUUGCAAAAAUAUGCCAACUUUCGCUUGCUGUUUCUGCCAGGUUAUAUGUGAGAAUGAGGGUGUAUUGCUGAAACACACAGCUGAAUAUCAUCCCGCAGUUACAUUACUCUGUGCAUACUGCCUCAACAUAUUCUCCAAAGAAGUCACUUUCAGAAAUCAUGUCUGCAGCAGACCUACAGGACAGACAAGCUUUUUACCAGCCACCCCAUUAACCCCGGUACCUGUUGUGCCUUUAUUUGAUCCUGCAAAGCCACACUCCACCAAUCCCAGCAGUCAGAGACUACUUCCCACCCCCAUCCUGGGCACUAAAUGUAACACAAUUCAAAUGAUCACAUUAUCUAAGACUUUUGAUAAAGUAUCAAAUACCCUAUUACCUAAUCAGUGUGAUCCUCCUCUGUCCUUGCUCACCGUGAAGUCAACCAAUGCACCCUCUUCACUGCAAAUCUCACAAUUUCACAAUUAUACAAACACCAUCAAUCAAGGCUUAAACUUGCCCAAAAUUAAAACAGAGAACAAACGAUUACCUUUAGACUCUUUACCUGAGAGUGAAGCCAACAUUUUUACGCAUCACCCAGUAACUUGGAGAGUAGAGAAGAGUGGCUCAUCCAUAAUGUCAAAUCAGGAUGUGAAGGUAGAGAAUAACAAUGAGGAUGGUCCUGUGGAAUGUGGACCUUAUGAGGAGGUGGUGGUAAAGGGGGAAUUUGCAAUGACAGAGGGUGAAGAAAGUACUAAAAGUGGUACUGGGGAAGACAGUGACUCUUUACUCCCUGGUAAUACAGUAUGCAACCCUGGUGAAGACCUUAGUUCUGAUUCACAAAAUUCCAUUGGUCCCGACAAUGAGGAAUCAAUAAAGAAAAGAUCUCAUGCAAAUCACAGAGUAAAUCCAGAGUCACUUACGUCUACUGGGAAAGUUGGUUUUCAGGUUGAUUCUUCUAUUUUCUGCAAUGGCAAACUAGUCAGUACAGAGAAGCACACUGAGGAUUGCAAAAAUAUGCCAACUUUCGCUUGCUGUCUCUGCCAGGUGAUAUGUGAGAAUGAGGGUGUUUUGCUGAAACACACAACUGAAUAUCAUCCCGCAGCCACAUUACUCUGUGCAUACUGCCUUAAGAUAUUCUCCAAAGAGGACACUUUCAGAAAUCAUGUCUGCAGCAGACCUACAAGCCACACAAGCAUUUUACCAGCCACCCCAGUAACCCCGGUACCUGUUGUGCCUUUAUCUGAUCCUGCAAAGCCAAACUCCAGCAAUCGCAGCAGUCAGAGACUACUUCCCACCCCCAUCCUGGGUUCUAACUGUAACACAGUUAAAAUGAUCACAUUAUCUAAGACGUUUGAUAAAGUAUCAAAUACCCCAUUACCUAAUCAGUGUGAUCCACCUUUGUCCUUGCCCACCUUGAAGUCAACCAAUGCUCACUCUUCACUGCAAAUCUCACAAUUUAACAAUUAUACAAACACCAUCAAUCAAGGCUUAUACUUGCCCAAAAUUAAAACAGAGAACAAAAGAUUAUCUUUAGACUCUUUACCUGAGAGUGAAGCUAACAUUUUUAUGCAACACCCAGUAACUUGGAGAGGGGAGAAGAGUGGCUCAUCCAUAAUGUCAAAUCAGGAUGUGAAGGUAGAGAAUGAAAAUGAGGAUGAUCUUGUGGAAUGUGGACCAUACGAGGAUGUGAUGGUAGAGUGGGAAUUUGAGAUGACAGAGGAUGAAGAAAGUACUGAGAGUGGUACUGGGGCAGACAGUGACUCUUUACCCCCUGGUAAUACAGUAUACAACACUGUUAAAGACCUUAGCUCUGACUCACAAUAUUCCACAAGUCCCGAUAAUGAGGAAUCAAUAAAGAAAAGAUCUCAUACAAAUCAGAGUAUGAAUCCAGAGUCACUUACGUCUACUGGGAAAGUUGGUUUUCAGGUUGAUUCUUCUAUUUGCUGUAAUGGCAAAUUAGUCAGUUUGGGGAAACACACUGAGGAUUGCAAAAAUAAGCCAACUUUCGCUUGCUGUCUCUGCCAAGUAGUAUGUGAGAAUGAGGGUUUACUGCUGAAACACACAGCUGAAUAUCAUCCUGCAGCUACAUUACUCUGUGCAUACUGCCUCAACAUAUUCUCCAAAGAGGAUGCUUUCAGAAAUCAUGUCUGCAGCAGACCUACAGGCUACAUGAGCUUUUUACCAGCCACCCCAGUUACCCCGGUACCUUUUGUGCCGUUAUCUGAUGCUGCCAAGCCACACUUCACCUAUCGCAGCAUUCAGAGAAUACGUCCCACCCCCAUCUUGGGCAGUGCCCCAACACAGGCCAAGGUAGUGAGGGAAAUUUCUCCUUUGUACCCUGCUAAGUUUACUCCACAUGGUGUGGCUGUGCCACGAAGUCUUGUCAGGCCCCCUUGCCCUCCUGGUUCUUCUGUUUUUGGCCCUGAUGUUCCUGUCUGUUCACCCUCUGUAGUGCGUCCAACCAAUCCUUCCCUGUCCAACCAAUCCAAGAUGAUCCUUCAAAUUCCAACACCUUCCAAUCCAUCUCUUCCAACUAAAGGUUUUGUAUACUUUUCACCCACUGUGAAUUUCUCUGCACCCAUUGUAGUACAAGCCAACAGAAAUAAGCUAAGACUCUCUCCAAAACAAACACCUGCAGCUAAUGUUAGACCUCUUCAGUUACCUGCAAAACCCCCAGUGUCCUGUCCUACCUUGGUAAGUGGCAUCGGCCAGAACAACCAGCCUCAGGCUUCUACGCAGACAUCUCCUGUUCAGAUUCCUACAUCAGGCCCACUUGAAAUAGUGGCCAUGUUUUUAAACAAAAGCAAGGAUUUAGCUCAGAAGAAGCAACUCCACCAGAGCUGGCGCUCUAAGACCAUCUUUCCCUGCCGUCACUGUGGUGCUAUCUCAAGACAACUCUCACUCAGGGUACGCCAUCGCUAUCUACAUCAAGGGUCACGGUUAUACAUAUGUCAGUGUGGGAAGUCAUUUCAAAGGCAGCUGCAUUUGCUGAGGCACCAGGUACAACAUGCAGAGUCUGUUCUAUUUGUUUGUGCACGGUGUGGAAAUACAUUUGAAGGGGCACAUAAAUUGUCUUGGCACAAGCAAAGGUUACAUCGAAAACAUAAAACAUCAAAUGGCAGACAGUAUGCUAAGAAAAAAUGCAUAGCAGCCUUUGACUGUAUCUGUGGCCAGGUGUUUUCAAGGCCCUCCGCUCUACUGUGGCAUAUGCUUAAAAAUGCUAAACCCUUGAAACACAAAAAUGACAGUGGGCUGAAUGAACCUGUCUCUGCUGUUUGAACAUUUGUAAAUGUGACCUUCUGGAGGUUAAUAUAUUUCUGUAUACCAGUGAGAUCUCACCUGUUUGAAGCAAAGCUCAACCAUCAACUGCUCUCUUUGGAGUGACAAAUUAAAUAAUCAAAUAUAA